UGGACACGCCAUGAAAUCCACCUCUGAACUCUUAACCCGGCACACAUUCUGUCUACAAGUCGCUCCUUCGUAAGACGUCACGCAGUCCACGUUCCAUAAUCGAGUCCGGCACGCAUUCCAUCCGCAACGCACGUGUUUAUAAACUCGUCCCCGACCGUUGUAUUAAAGUGAUCGGAUGCUGUUUAAAUGAAUGGAGGCAAAGUCGUACUAACCAUCAAACAGUAUCAGUCUCUCUUGAAUCACUAUGCAGCAACUCAAUCAAUCUACAAAGCCAAGGCGCUUCACUGCCACAUCAUCACCGGUGGUCUUCUCUCCGAUCACCUACGGUCGAGCCUCUCCGUCACAUAUGCCAUGUGUGGUCACAUCCCCUACGCCCGCAAGUUGUUCGAUGAAUUGCCUCAAAGUUCCCUGCUUUCGUACAACAUUGUCAUCAGAAUGUAUGUGCACGAUCGACUGUAUCAGGAUGCUAUCAAUGUGUUUGUUGGGAUGAUUGGUCGGUGUUGUCCGGAUAGUUAUACAUACCCUUUUGUGGUGAAGGCCGCCGCAGAGCUGAAUUCGAUAAAAUUGGGUUCGGUCCUUCAUGGAAGGAUCUUGCGAGGAUGGUUUGGUUCAGAUAGGUAUGUGCAGAACUCGUUGCUGGCGAUGUAUAUGAACUGUGGGAGGGUCGAGUUGGCAAGGAAGGUAUUUGAUGGUAUGAAGAAUAGGGAUGCGAUUUCUUGGAACACGAUGAUAAGUGGGUAUUAUAGAAAUGGGUUCAUGAAUGAUGCUUUGAUGACUUUUGAUCGAAUGGUUUAUGGGGGCGUUGAACCGGAUCGAGCCACGGUGGUCUCUGUGUUACCCGUUUGUGGUCACUUGAAGGAUUUGGAAAUUGGAAGGGAGGUUCAUAAGUUGGCCGAAGAAAAGGGGCUGGCGGAUAAAUUAGAGGUGAAGAAUGCAUUGGUGAACAUGUACAUGAAGUGUAAUCGCAUGGAUGAGGCGAGGUUUGUCUUCGAUAGAAUGGAGAAUAGGGACGUGAUCUCAUGGACUUCUAUGAUUAACGGGUAUAUAGAAGAUGGUGACCUAAAAAAUGCUUUAGAUUUGUGUAGAUUAAUGCAGUUUGAAGGUGUAAAGCCUAAUGCUGUGACUAUAGCCUCUCUUGUUUCAGCAUGUGGUAGUGCAUGUGAACUGAAAGAUGGCCAAUGUUUGCACGGUUGGGCGAUAAGGCAAAUGGUUGAUUCUGAGAUCAUUAUAGAAACCGCUUUGAUCAGCAUGUAUUCUAAAUGCAAACGCAUAGAUCUUUGCUUCAAAGUACUUUCAGGAGCUUCAGAAAAGCAAACGGGGACAUGGAGUGCGAUCAUAGCUGCAUGUGUACAGAAUCAACUUAUGAGGGAAGCACUAGAACUAUUCAAAAGGAUGCGACGGGAAGAUGUAGAACCAAAUAUAGCCACCUUAAACGGCGUCCUUCCAGCAUUUGCAGUGGUGGCUGAUAUGAGACAAGCAAUGGAUAUCCAUUGCUAUCUGACCAAAUCCGGGUUUAUGUCAAGCAUUGAAGCAUCUACAUGUCUGAUCGAUGUCUACUCAAAGUGUGGAAGUUUAGAAUCUGCCCACAAGAUCUUCGAUGCGAUUCCACGAAAAUACAAGUGCAAAGACGUGGUUCUAUGGAGUGCAUUGAUCUCUGGGUACGCGAUCCACAGUGAUGGUCCUAACGCAUUGAUGGUUUUCAGAGAAAUGCUUCGGUCUGGUGUGAAGCCAAAUGAAGUUACUUUCACUUCAGUCUUACAUGCUUGCAGCCAUACUGGUUUGGUGGAUAAAGGUUUAACAAUCUUCGAGUUUAUGCUUGAACAUCAUAGGACGGCAGUUCGGUCUAACCAUUUCACUUGUGUAGUUGACCUCCUUGGACGAGCAGACAGGCUAAAGGAAGCAUACGAUCUUAUUUCAGCUGUUCCAUUUGAGACUGGUCCUGCUGAUUGGGGUGCAUUGUUAGGUGCUUGUGUAAUACAUGAGAAUGCUGAGCUCGGGGAAGUGGCUGCCAAUAAACUAUUCGAGCUGGAACCUGAAAACACUGGAAACUACAUGUUGCUGAUGAAGAUUUAUGGGUCGAUGGGCAGAUGGAAAGAUGUGGAGAAUGUACGGAACAUGAUAACAAGUAUUGGAUUGAGGAAGAAACCUGGUCUUAGUCUAGUUCAGGCGAGUGGUAGUACAUCAAGGUGAUAGAAACUAAGUACUUGUACUUGAGGAAGGACGCUUUCUAUAAUUGGAUCAUGUCAAAAGCAUGAACAAAAAGAAUCCACGUUUUUACAGUUCUGA